UUUUUUAAUAUAUUUACAUUUAUUAUGAAAAGAGCUAUUUUAAUACAUUUGUAAAUGUAUACAAUAACACAAUCAAUAUUGUUUCAAAGCAGCUUUAGAAAGAAUAGUGAAUUACAACCCUAAUUUCUUACAAAUAAAUGAAAUUAUAUGCUGUGGCAGGAUUGGGCCGGGUCGUGAUUCCGCACACCCGGCCCCUAAUUAGGCUGAUGAAGCCCGAGACGGAUAAAGGCGACCUGAGACGGCAGUGCGACAGAGAGAGAGUUACCUGUGUGUGUGUGUGUGUGUGUGUGUGUGUGUGUGUGUGUGUGUGUGUGUGUGUGUGUGUGUGUGUGUGUGUGUGUGUGUGUCUGUCUGUCUGUCUGUCUGUCUGUCUGUCUGUCUUUUGGUUCAGUUUCUCAUUAAAAUAUUAUUUAUAUCAUCAAGCCGGUUCUCGCCGCCUCCUUUCCAUUGAAGUGUGUUACACUGGUGACGCAACCCGGGAAGGAGGGAGGGAUGCGCUGUAAUAGAGUCCUCGCCACUACCAUCCACCCCAACGGAGCAGCCACGGCCUUCCGCUGGGGGACGGAGGAGCCUGGCCGCCUGAGAGCGGAGGAACGGCCGCCGACCGUGAGGGGAGGAGGGGCUCCUAACCGACCACCUGGAGUGGUCAGGGCCUCUGCCAGGGGCAGAGGAGACCCCUACCAGCCCUACUGGUGUUUUUUAGUUGGCACCCAACAAGAAGCCUCGGAAGUCACCAUUGGAAAAGGGCUUUGUGGGAGCACCGCGCGGGAGGAAGGCCAAUGGCAUGGCUCAGCAGAACGGAGAGGGAGAUCCUGUCACUCUGUUUGAGGUUGUCAAACAGGGAAGGAGCGCUAUGCAGUCAGUGGUUGAUGACUGGAUUGAGUCGUACAAGCAAGACAGAGAUAUUGCACUUCUGGACCUCAUUAACUUCUUCAUCCAGUGCUCUGGCUGUAAAGGCACUGUUAGGAUUGAAAUGUUUCGUAACAUGCAGAAUGCAGAAAUCAUCCGCAAAAUGACAGAAGAGUUUGAUGAGGACAGUGGAGAUUACCCCUUGACCAUAUCAGGUCCAUUGUGGAAGAAGUUUCGCUACAACUUCUGUGAGUUCAUCAGUGUUCUGAUCCGUCAGUGCCAGUACAGCAUCAUCUAUGAUGAGUACAUGAUGGACACGGUCAUCUCUCUGCUCACAGGGCUCUCGGACUCUCAGGUCCGAGCCUUCAGACACACCAGCACUCUAGCAGCCAUGAAGCUCAUGACAGCUCUGGUGAACGUGGCUCUCAACCUAAGCAUUCACCAGGACAACACACAGAGACAGUACGAAGCAGAACGCAACAAAAUGGUGGGAAAGAGAGCCAAUGAGAAACUCGAACUUUUGCUCCAAAAGAGGAAAGAGCUCCAAGAAAACCAAGAUGAAAUCGAAAACAUGAUGAACUCAAUCUUCAAGGGAAUCUUUGUUCAUCGUUACAGGGAUGCAAUUGCUGAAAUCAGAGCAAUAUGUAUAGAGGAGAUUGGUGUGUGGAUGAAAAUGUACAGUGAUGCCUUCCUAAAUGACAGCUAUCUGAAAUAUGUGGGAUGGACCUUACAUGACCGGCAAGGUGAAGUGCGGUUGAAAUGUUUGAAAGCCUUACAAAACCUCUACACAAACCGUGAACUUUUUCCAAAACUCGAGCUCUUCACAAACCGGUUCAAGGAUCGUAUUGUGUCCAUGACCCUGGAUAAAGAGUAUGAUGUUGCAGUGGAGGCCAUCAGACUGGUCACUUUAAUCCUACAGGGGAGUGAGGACGCUCUGUCUAAUGAAGACUGUGAGAAUGUCUAUCAUCUGGUGUACUCUGCACAUAGGCCUGUGGCAGUGGCUGCAGGGGAGUUCCUGCAUCGAAAAUUGUUCAGCAGACAUGAUCCUCAGGCAGAAGAGGCUCUGGCCAAGCGCAGGGGCAGGAGCAGCCCAAAUGGAAACCUCAUCCGCAUGCUAGUGCUCUUCUUUCUGGAGAGUGAGCUGCAUGAGCAUGCUGCAUAUCUAGUGGAUAGUUUGUGGGAGAGCUCACAGGAGCUGCUAAAAGACUGGGAGUGUAUGACAGAGCUGCUGCUGGAGGAACCUGUGCAGGGAGAAGAGGUGUUGUCUGACAGGCAGGAAGGUGCUCUGAUCGAAUUGACUGUCUGUACUAUCCGUCAGGCUGCUGAAGCCCACCCUCCUGUAGGGAGAGGAACUGGAAAAAGGGUCUUGACUGCAAAAGAAAGAAAGACUCAGAUUGAUGACAAAAACAAACUGACGGAGCACUUCAUCAUGGCUCUUCCCAUGUUACUCUCAAAGUAUCAGACAGAUGCAGAGAAAUUAGCCAACCUCCUACAGAUCCCACAGUACUUUGACCUAGACAUGUAUAGUGCUGGGAGAAUGGAGAAGCACUUGGAUGCAUUACUGAAGCAGAUCAAGUUUGUGGUGGAGAAGCACACAGAUACAGAGGUGCUGGAGGCUUGCAGUAAGACCUACAGUAUCCUGUGUAGUGAAGAGUACACCAUCAUGAACCGCGUGGACAUCACUCGCAGUCAGCUCAUUGAUGAACUAGCUGACCGCUUCAACCAUUCGGUGGAAGAGCUGCUGCAGGCGGGAGAAGAGGCUGAUGAUGACGACAUCUACAAUGUUCUCUCUACUCUAAAGAGACUCACUGCCUUUCACAAUGCUCAUGACUUGACCAGAUGGGACUUCUUUGGGAAUUGCUAUAGGUUGCUAAGGACAGGAAUAGAGCAGGGAUCUAUGCCAGAGCAGAUAGCAGUGCAGGCUCUUCAGUGUUCUCAUUACUCUAUACUCUGGCAGCUGGUGAAGAUCACAGAAGGCACCCCAUCCAAAGAUGAUCUCCUAGCAUUGAGAAGGGUUGUCAAGUCUUUUCUAGCUGUGUGCCAGCAGUGUUUAUCAAAUGUCAACACACCGGUCAAAGAGCAGGCAUUCAUGCUGCUAUGUGACCUGCUUAUGAUCUUCAGUCACCAGCUCACCACAGGGGCCAGAGAGGGUCUGCAGCCUCUUGUCUUCAACCCAGAUAGCACCCUACAGAACGAGCUGCUCAACUUCGUCCUUGACCACGUAUUUAUUGACCAGGAUGAUGAGAAUCAGAGCAUAGAAGGUGAUGAAGAGGAUGAAGCUAACAAGAUUGAGGCCUUACACAAGAGGAGGAAUCUUCUAGCAGCCUUCAGCAAGCUCAUCAUAUAUGACAUAGUAGAUAUGCCUGCCGCUGCAGAUAUCUUCAAACACUACAUGAGGUACUACAAUGAUUAUGGAGACAUCAUCAAGGAAACGCUAAGCAAGACCAGGCAGACGGACAAGAUAUUGUGUGCCAAGACACUCAUUCUGAGCUUACAACAGCUCUUUAAUGAGCUGAUCCAGGAUCAGGGGCCUAACUUGGACAGGACGUCAUCUCACGUGAGCGGCAUUAAGGAAUUGGCCCGUCGCUUUGCCCUCACAUUUGGCUUGGACCAAAUCAAGACCAGAGAGGCUGUGGCCACACUACACAAAGAUGGGAUUGAGUUUGCCUUCAAGUAUCAGAAUCCUAAAGGUCUGGAGUAUCCCCCUCCAAAUCUGGCCUUUCUAGAGGUUCUCUGUGAAUUCUCCUCUAAGCUUCUUCGGCAAGACAAGAAGACAGUGCACUCAUAUCUGGAGAAGUUUAUGACAGAGCAGAUGAUGGAGAGGCGGGAGGACAUCUGGCUGCCUCUUAUCUCUUACAGGAACUCUCUGCUCACAGGUGGAGACGAGGACCGCAUGUCUAUCACCAGCGGCAGCAGCAGCAGUAAGACUGGAUCUGUACGCAGCAAAAAGGGCCGUCUGCCCGUGCACAAGAGACGCAUCGAGGAGGAGAGUAUGGAGGGCUCGUGGAUGAUGAGGAAUGACACACUACAGACCCCCAGAGCCUUGCAGACGCCCCAGCUCACCUCAACAGUACUCAGAGAAAGCCCUCGUCAAGCUGCCGAGCACAUGCCUGACCCGGACUCUGAACCCGGGUCUGAAUCUGACUAUGUCCAUAAUCCUCAGAUGCAGAUGUCCUGGCUUGGUCAGCAGAAGAUGGAGGAGGUGAACAGGAAAGAGCGCACAGCCAUGAACUACAUUAAGGCCCGAAGUGGAGGAGUACGACAGACUGUACGGGGCCUCAUGGAGGAUGAUGCAGAGCCCAUUUUUGAGGAUGUCAUGAUGUCGUCUCGCGGACAGCUGGAAGACAUGAGUGAAGAAUUUGAAGACACCAUGGUGAUUGAUCUGCCUCCAUCCAGGAACAGGCGUGAGAGGGCGGAGUUGAGACCUGACUUCUUUGACUCGGCAGCCAUGAUUGAGGAUGAGUCGGGUUUUACGAUGCCUAUGUUCUGAGGUGCCAUGACAGAUGGAAAAAGAGCAUAUGAUUUGAUUUGAUACAUUCUCAAAGGAACAAACAAACUCAAACAAUGGAGGCACUUGAGUCCAGUUUCAGUGAUUCUGGAGUGAACUUUACACAAACCCAAAUCUUCCAUCAGAGGAGCUUUAGAUAUUAAGUCAGAUAUUAUUUUAACAGAUUCAGUCUAAUCAUGUCACAUAUGGUGAAUUGUUCUGUUGAAUGCUAUGUUUUGUUCAGCUCAUUUGAAUCACACUGGAUGGGAUUUACAUUGUGGUACAAAUUUAUCAUGUAAGAAUGUAUGGUCCCAUAUGUUAAAGAUGUACAUAUUUGUGUUUAUCCAUCCUACUAUGUAGUUGCCCUGUACAGUUAGAUUAUGGAGUCGUU